GCCGCUCUCUCAAUGGGGUGGGGAGUUGGCCGAAGGACCUGCUUCGGGCCCUCUUCGGUGGCCGCGCUGGCCUGGUCUCCCCGCUGAGGGCUGGCUGAGCUCUCAGUCCGGCACCAUGGGGAAGCGGGACAAUAGAGUGGCCUAUAUGAACCCAAUAGCAAUGGCCAGAUCAAGGGGUCCAAUCCAGUCUUCAGGUCCAACGAUCCAAGAUUAUUUGAAUCGACCAAGGCCUACCUGGGAAGAACUGAAAGAACAACUAGAAAAGAAAAAGAAAGGCUCCAAGGCAUUGGCUGAAUUUGAAGAAAAAAUGAAUGAGAACUGGAAGAAAGAACUAGAAAAACACAGGGAGAAAUUGUUAAGUGGAAGUGAGAGCUCAUCCAAAAAAAGACAGAGAAAGAAAAAAGAAAAGAAGAAAUCUGGUAGGUAUUCAUCUUCUUCUUCAUCAAGCUCUGAUUCUUCCAGCAGUUCUUCAGAUUCUGAAGACGAGGAUAAAAGACAAGGAAAAAGGAAAAAGAAAAAAAAGAGUCGUUCACAUAAAUCUUCUGAAGAUUCCAUGUCAGAAACUGAAUCAGACAACAAGGAUAGUUUAAAAAAGAAAAAGAAGUCAAAAGAUGCAACUGAGAAAGAAAAGGACAUUAAAGGGCUCAGCAAAAAAAGAAAGAUGUAUCCAGAAGAUAAACCAUUAUCAUCUGAGUCAGAGUCAGAAUCAGAGUAUACUGAGGAGGUACGAGCAAAAAAGAAGAAAAGCUGUGAAGAACGAGAAAAAACAACAGAAAAAACAAAAAAGAAAAAGAAGCAUAAGAAACACAGUAAGAAGAAGAAAAAGAAGGCUGCUAGUUCAAGUCCUGACUCACCAUAACAUCAAGAAGAAUCAGGAUUCACUUGUAAAGAAAGUGCAAUGUCUAAGGAAAUUUCAACUGUGAAAAUUAUGACAUAUUUACUAAAAUGCAUGAAUUUUCUUGUUUUUAAAUUAUUCCUGGACUAUCAGUAGCCACUCAGAUGCCACUGUGUGAAAAGGCCAUAAUUGUUGCCUGCUGCUUGAACAUCUAUUUUUUUCCCUCUUCCAGUAACUCUGGGAGGUAAUACACUGCAGUCAUACUAGUGGUUUAAGAUAUUUGGGAAUAAAGUUAAUAUUUUGCCCAGAA